AAAGCACCAACCAUCUGAGUAUUUAACUCACUUUCUUGACUUUGACAGGUGAGACCUUCAACUCAUUAAGUUUCCAAUACAGGAUUGAAAGCACCACAUUGAGCAGGAUAGUAAUGGAAACCUGCACAGCCCUUACCACUGUACUGCGUGAAGAUUACCUGAAGACACCAUCAACUGACUCUGAGUGGAAGGCCAUUGCCAGAGACUUUGAAAAUAAAUGGCAGUUUCCACACUGUUUAGGUGCAAUAGAUGGGAAACAUGUCUUCAUUCAACCUCCAGCCAACAGUGGAAGCAUGUUUCACAACUAUAAGUCAAGGUUUUCCAUCAUACUUAUGGCUGUUGUUGAUGCCAACUACAAGUUUGUGUAUGCAAGCGCAGGGACACAGGGAAGGGUGUCGGAUGCUGGAGUGUUUGCCCAUUCCGACCUUAGAGAUGCUAUGGACACAAGCAUGCUGAACUUACCCCGUGAUGAAGCCCUGCCAGGCACUGUUAGCAUGAUGCCCUACAUGUUUGUUGGUGAUGAUGCCUAUCCUCUCAGACCAGAUCUGAUGAAACCCUAUCCCUUUCGGAACCUUAAUAACAAUCACUGAAUCUACAACUACCAUCUUUCUAGAGCGCGCCGGGUUGUAGAGAAUGCUUUUGGAAUUCUGGCAAAUCGCUUCAGGGUUUUCAGAACAACCAUUUGCCUGGAUCCAGACAAGGUAGUGACUAUAAUCUUCGCAUGUCUCUGUCUCCAUAACUUUCUCCGGCAACAGAAGUCUGAGGCCUAUGUACCACCAGGCUAUGUUGAUUUUGAGGAUGUGAACUACCAGCUGAUUGAAGGAGCA